AUGCCGCAGGGUGUCAGUGAGUGGGACUGGACCAGCAUGUCGGAGAAUAAUUUUGCCGAACUCUGCGUAUUUCACGUUCCGGACAAACCUUUGGAACACCAGGAUCCGAGCAAUCGUGCCGCAACAUCGUUGCCCUUGAACCUGACAAUUCGAUCCUCGCAAGAAGUGCCGAAGGUAGCGUCCUUCGCAUUCAUCUGUUUUUUUCUCCUCUCUCACUUCCUAAUUACCCAUCAUUUUUUCUGA